AGUUGGGGGCGUUUCCGGGAAGUUAGAUCCCGGCUAAAUUUAGAGGAAAGUGAGGUAAACUCCAAUCCGGCCUGAAGUUUAGUUCUGCCGGGCUUUGGCUUGCAGCUUCCGUGCCGCGAGCGAUCAGAUUCGUGAGAAGAGGUUCCCAAAGUAGGAAUUACCUAGAUCCAGGGGCUCAGAAAAGUGACUCUUGAAAGAGCACAUGAGAAAGAAUGAGGAAAUGAGAAAACACCUAAAACAUCCAGAAAUCAGGGCCACCUUCCAAGAGCCAGGCUGAAUCAUCCUUCAAGUCCAGAGGAGGGGAAGCCAGUUCAAGGGGAACCAGUUAAGACUCUUUUCACUAGAAACCCAAACUAAGGAGUUAGCAUUGGAAUGUGGACACCAAGGAUGGCAUCGAGGAACUCACUGUCAAUAGGCAAGAAGACUGUGGCUAAUGACCUCAAAAGAUAAAUAUGAAUUUAGAUUCCAUCCAUCGGUUAAUUGAGGAAACCCAAAUCUUCCAGAUGCCACAGUCAUCAACAAAACCGCCUUGUGACAUGGUAGCACCUGCUUCCCUGCCCAGGGACACUUGUCAUUACUGUUUGCCACUUCAGGGGCUGCCAUCAGGGGCCGCUCACAACGUCUGUGCACACUCAUGCAGCACCAGUGAGUGGAAUAUCUGUGAAGAGCUUCGCCUGCGGGAACUUGAAGAAGCCAAGGCCAGAGCUGCCCAGAUGGAGAAGACCAUGCGGUGGUGGUCAGACUGCACUGCCAACUGGAGAGAAAAGUGGAGCAAAGUUCGGGCUGAAAGGAACAGCGCCAGGGAGGAGGGAAGACAGCUCAGAAUAAAAUUAGAGAUGACAAUGAAAGAAUUGAGUGCAUUGAAAAAGAAACAAAGUUUGCCACAUCAAAAAGUGUUAGAAAUCACGCAGGACCUGAAGCAUCCUGGUUUCAUAGAAGUGCCCUCUGCAAGAGGAGAACGAUUUCAGAUUGCUUCCCAAACAUGUAAGUCUAUCGGAGAACAUCUGGUGAAAAGAGAAUUUCCUACAAAGGACAGCACGGAUAGUAAGGAAGAAGGUUUGAUUAUUGACCAGUUAAGAUUAAAUGAGGAGAUGAAACUCAAUCUUGACUGUUCUAAUUCAUUCAAAAAUGGUGGUUCUGAAAAUUGCACCCUGAAAUCUGCAUUAAGAUUGCAAGCAAUAAACCUGCCUUUGGAGAGUAAAGUGCCUGAAAUUUCAGCUUUGCAGGUGCAUCUGGAUGAGUUCCAGAAAAUUUUAUGGAAAGAAAGAGAAAUGCGCUCCUCUUUGGAGAAAGAAAUAGAACGACUGGAGUCAGCUUUGUCUGUAUGGAAAUGGAAAUAUGAAGAACUGAAAGAAUCAAAGCCAAAAAAUCUGAAAGAGUUUAACAUUAUUCCUGGUCAGCAUGAAAAUGAAAUGGAAGAAAUAUCAGGAGAUAUAAAGGAAGAAUCAAAAUCUCAAAAGAGCAAGGAUAGACUGAUCUCUGAGUUAAGAGCUGAGCUAGAGAGAUUGCAGGCUGAAAAUAUCUCGGAGUGGGACAAGAGGGAAAUACUUGAAACAGAAAAGCAAGGACUGGAAAAAGAAAAUAGAAAACUCAAGGCUCAAGUGAAAGAAAUGGAAGAGCUCCUGGGUGGGAAAAACAGAUUCAGCACAAACUUUCAAAGUUCUGAUUUCAAGACAUCACGCAUUGAUCUGCAGGAACAAAGCAAGGUCCCUUGCUUGAUGAUGGAGCUCCAAGGACUGAUCUGAAGCUGCGGGUGAGUGAAGGGAAGAAGAAUGGUAGCAAAAGUCCACGUGCUGUGGAAAGCGUGGGGAAGGCACAAAAAAAGAAGUCAUGGGAUCUCCUAAAUUGACUUUUAAGUACUCCCCUCACGGGAUCUGGGGCUAUACUUAGUUUGUGUAGCUAAAAGAAUUGUCAUGUCAUGACCUGUACUAGUUGCUUUAUCCUUAGAUCCUGUUGUUCGUCUCUGACCAAAUUUUUGCACUGAAAUUAAAGUACCUUUCUGUGUUGUUUUAGGGACUUCAUCCAUCAAUUCAGAUUAUCCUUGGUGUACGCUAAUGAUGUAGCUUAGUUUCUUUAAUGAUUAAGCCUGUACCAAAUUGUUAUUUUGGAAGUUUUCUGUUAGCAUCUGCAGCAAAAUUUUGUUGAUUACUUAAAAGUAUUAUCUAAGAAUGGCUACAAUUUGUUCUCUACCCUUAUGUCUUUUUAUUCCAAACAUUGUACACUAUCAUCAGUGUUCACCUCACCAUAGAAAUAGAGUUAUUUUUAUUGGGAUACAACCUGAAAAUAAAUCUCAUCUUCAAGUAGAAUAUGGAGAGGAUGAUACUUAUGUCAGAAUAUGUCCCACCAUUUUAUUUGCCAUAUGCAUACUAUAGAAUUCAUAUAUAUAUAUAUAGAUACAUAAUAUAUAUUACAUAUAUAGCUAUUUUAUAUAUAUAUAAUAUAUAUAAAACAUCCCCCCAUUACAUACACAGACAUGCAGAGCUACAUAUACAUAAGAAAAGUAUAACAAUGUGGUAGGCAAAAUAUUGAUAAAUCCAAGAGGAUAAAGAUAAUCAAUUAGGAUAAUGAUCCAGUGAUCUGAGAUCUGAGAUCAGAUGAUAUAAAAUAUACAUUUAAAUAUUUUAUAAAGGCAAAACAUGAAAGUAAGUGUGUUGGAGAUUCAACAUCCAUUCUGUCUCAUUUGGGGAACCCUAACGUGUAUUCACCUGGCUUCUACUUAACAUGCAUUGUUUUUUCUCUAGGAUCAUCUCCACCCCCAAAUUUCAGGCCACAUCCUUUGGUUAAGGUUAAUACCACAUCUACCUUCAGGUUGGGUAGGCGAUUCAUGUUUAUCUAAUGAAAACAUUUAAGUUUUCUGGACACACAUGCUAGUAUGGGCAGGUAACCACAUCAGAGACAAUGAAAUGUAAUGAAGCUUAGAUUUCUUGAAGAGAUGCACAUUCUUGCUGCUAAAAUUAAACCUAAGGAAAUAAAGAUUUAGGGUGAUAAAAGCAUCAGACUUUCACUAGGAGCUGCAUGAGAAACAGAGUUGAGGCAUGGAGAGGGCCUGACCAGGAGACAUAAUGAGCCUCUCUGGCUUAAGCCAUAGCCUGGAUUAAGAUGCCCCUGGGAGCAGUAAAUAAUGCUGCUAUAAGCAUAGGGGCGCAUGUAUCCCUUUGAAUUAGUGUGUUUAUAUAUAUAUAAUUUGUGUUUAUAUUUUUUGAAUAAACACCCAGUAGUGAGAUUACUGGAUUAUACGGUAGUUCUAUUUUUAACCUUUUGUGGUACUUCUGUACUGUUUUCCACAAGGGCUGCCUCAGUUUGCA